AUGGAAAACCAAUUCUUUCUCAAUGUUGGUGUGCCCCCUCAGCUGCAUUUUGAGCCUUCACCACCUCCUUGUCCAGCCUCUUGGCAGUCCAUGUCUUCUUCUGCCAUGGAUGUUCAGGUGGCAGUUUUGAAUAGUUCAACUGAGCAGACACAGGAUUGCUUUUAUACACCGGCAUGGGACAAAUCAACAGAUUAUGUUGUUCAGUUUGAUUCUGCACUGAGUUCAAUGGUAUCUUCUCCAGCAGCUUCCAAUUCCAACAUGUCAAGUGAGAAUUUUGUCAUCAGGGAGUUGAUUGGGAAAUUGGUAAACAUUGGUGGUGGUGGUGGCUCUGAUGAGAUCUCACCUCAUUCUCAGCCUUUGGUUGGUCCAUCUUCCUACAUCAAUGACAAUAACAGCACCAACACUUCAUGUUACAGCACCCCUUUGAGUUCUCCUCCAAAGGUGAACAUGAACAAGAUCCCCACAAUGGUGAACCACUUGGUGAAAGAGAGCAUGCCCCCCAGUUUGGGAACAUCAAUCUCCUUGAAUUCCAGUGUGGCAGAAUUCUCAGCUGAUCCUGGCUUUGCUGAGAGGGCUGCAAAGUUUUCUUGCUUUGGAAGUAGGAGUUUCAAUGGCAGGACCACCCAAUUGGGCCCUAAUAACAAUGCUGAGUUGACUCACAGAUCUUCUCCAUUGGUGGAAAAUGGGAAGCUCCCUAGAGUCUCAAGUAGUCCAUCUCUCAAAGUGCUUGGAUCUCAAAUAGGCGCCCAGGAGAACAAGAAUUCUCCAUUGCAAGAUCUAAUGGAAGUGGCCAAUUCUCAAGAGGAAUCAACAAUCUCUGAACAAAUUCCAAAUGGGGACACGGGGGUGAAACCUUCCCCUUAUGCGAAUUCUAGAAAAAGAAAAGGUCCAUCCAAAGGAAAAGCCAAGGAAACUUCAACCCCUACCAACCCCCCUACGGCUGCUGAAGCUAGCGAAGACUCAAAUGUAAAGCGCAGGAAGCCUAAUGAAGGUGAGGGGAAUAAAAAUGGCCAAGUGAAGGCAGAGGAAGAGUCCAAAGGGAUAAGUUGUAGUGCAAAUGAUGACAAACAGAAUAAGAGCAACUCAAAACCUCCAGAGCCUCCAAAGGAUUACAUUCAUGUUAGAGCAAGAAGAGGUCAAGCCACUGACAGUCAUAGUCUUGCAGAAAGAGUCCGGAGGGAGAAAAUCAGUGAAAGAAUGAAGCUUCUCCAAGAUCUUGUCCCAGGUUGCAAUAAGGUCACAGGUAAAGCACUUAUGCUUGAUGAAAUUAUAAACUAUGUACAGUCAUUGCAGCGCCAAGUUGAGCUUCUGUCCAUGAAGUUGGCUUCCGUUAACACCAGGCUGGAUUUUAGUAUUGAGAGUCUAAUCUCAAAAGAUAUAUUUCAAUCAAAUAAUUCCUUGGCACACCCAAUAUUCCCAUUAGAUUCCUCAGCACCAGCCUUUUAUGGGCAACACCCUCAGCCAAACCCAGCAAUCCACAGUAACAUUCCUAAUGGAACUGUGUCCCACACCUCAGGGGACCCAUUAGAUACUGGUUUGUGCCAAAACAUUGGCAUGCAGUUACCUCACCUAAAUGGCUUUAAUGAAGGUGCCUCUCAGUAUCCAAUAACAUUCUCUGAAGAGGACCUCCACACCAUUGUUCAGAUGGGAUUUGGCCAAACUGCAAACAGGAAAACACCAAUACAAUCUCAAAGUUUCAAUGGCUCAAAUCAAGUACCCCUAUGA